AUGGGUCGUCUGAUCAAAAACCACUGGGCACGUCUAAUCAUCCUGUCCGCUGCAGGCUGGCAAGUCAGCGCCUCCAUAGAAGGCUUCUUCUGGCCCAAAGUCUUCUGGGACUUUAUAAGCCACAACCUUGACGCCGCCGUCAAACCAAUCCCCAUCCUACAAAUCAUCAACCUGAUCCUGGGCAUCGUGGCGUUAGCAUGGGAGUGGCCUUUAAAGCCGCUGGCGGGCACACUGCCGCAUCGGAGCAUAGAGUUGAGGCUUUUGGUAUACCCGUUGAGUGCGCUGACGUGUGCGCUCAUGUAUCAGUCGGGUGACGUUGCGGUUUAUUAUAUGAUUGGGAUGGCGGCUUAUUUCUGGGCUUAUAGUGAGGGAGAGGUAGUAUGUGCUGUUCCUUGGACACUACCGAAAAGAUCGACGGUAGGCAAGGUGUGA